AUGAAGAGCCUCAACUUGCUGGCUGCAGCGGCAGCGUCGGCUCUACUGCCAGCUGUUGAUGCCAUCACCCCGAGGGAGAUGCUCGCUGCGAAUCGCUACUCGGUAGCGCUACCGGAUCCGUCGGGAGAAUUCGCAUUCUUCACGGCCACCAACUACUCGUGGGCCACGCACAAGACCUCUACUAGCUGGAAGCGCAUCGAGCUCAAGACCAAGAAGGCCAUCACCACUUGGCACACAGGUGGCGGCAUCUCCGAGCUGGUCUUCAUCCAGAAUGACCCUCACAACAUCCUGUACCUCAAUAGCUCCAACGCCGAGGACAAUGGCGGUGUGAGCUUGUACUACGGCCCGUCAAGCUCGCCCAAGAGCGCCAAGCUUGUUGCUUCUCUGCCCGCCCCGUACUCGGGCCUCAAGGCCUCGCGCACUGCUUCGGGUGACAUUCAUUUCCUCGUCUAUACCAAGGCGUGGCCCAAUGGCACGGCAUACAACGAGCAGCUGUCCGCCACCCCUCUCUCCACUGCCCGGAUUUACUCGUCCAUUUACGUGCGCCACUGGGACUACUACCUCGACGAGAAGAAAAAUGCGGUGUUUGGCGGUGUACUCAAAGUCAGCAACGGCACCGCCGUUCUAAAGGGCAACCUGACCAACUACGUGACGGGGAUUGGCAAUAUUACCAAGGCCGAGAGUCCUCUGGACCUUAAUGAUCAGGGCGACUAUGACCUCUCUCCGGACGGGACCAAGGUUGUUUUCAUCAGCAAGGAUAUCGACCUCCCGCUCGCCAAUUACACAAGCAGCCAGCUCUGGUAUGUGCCAUUCGAUGGCACGGCCAAGGAUGCUGUUCGCAUCAACCCCCGUGGUGGAACUAAGUACCCAGAGCAGCAGGGUGCUUCCUCCGCCCCCAAGUUCUCUCCGGACAGCAAGUCCGUGGGCUGGGUCCAGCAGAAUGGUAUCUCCUACGAGUCGGAUCGCAACAUCAUCUACGUAGCCAAGGCUGAGAAGGGAAGCUUCGAUGUCACUGCUCUCGCUACUAAAUGGGACCGCGGUCCGGACCACCUCGAGUGGUCGCGUGACUCCAAGACCCUUUUCGCUUCGGCCACUGACUUGGGCCGUGGGCGCAUCUUCCCUGUGCCGCUGGACUCAGAGGAGACUUUCCAGCCCAAGAACAUCACUAACGAAGGCGUGGUCUCGAGUUAUUUCGUGCUUCCAGGUGAUAGAAUUCUCAUCUCCGACUCGAAGAUCUGGUCUAGCCGAGACAUCUACUCGGUAAUCCCUGACGGCAAGGAGGUGAUUUCGCAUUUUCAAGCCAACACGGCCGAUGAGGAGCUCGCCGGUCUCGGCCCUCAGGAUGUGUCCGAAUUCUAUUACUCGACCAACACAUCCGAGAUCAAGCAGCAAUCCUGGAUUGUCUACCCUAAAGGGUUCGACAAGUCGAAGAAGUAUCCACUCGCUUUUAUCUCCCAUGGCGGGCCCCAGGGUAAUCACGCAAACAGCUGGAGUACUCGGUGGAACUUCAAGGUCUGGGCCGAUCAAGGCUAUGUUGUCAUCGCUCCGAACCCGACUGCUUCCACGGGCUGGGGCCAGAACCUCACCGAUUCCGUCCAGGGCCGCUGGGGUAGCUACCCUUACUGGGAUCUCGUCCAUGCCUGGCAAUAUGUGCGUGACAACCUUGACUAUGUCGAUACAGAUAACGGCAUUGAGGCUGGCGCCUCCUUUGGUGGUUACAUGACAAACUGGAUGCAAGGUCAUGAGAUGGGCCGCUGGUUCAAGGCCCUCGUCACCCACGAUGGCAGCACCUCGACCCUCAACCAAUUCGCCAGUGAGGAGCUGUGGUUCAUGGACCACGACUUCAACGGCACCUUCACGCCCAAGGCUUUCCAGCCGGGCUCUCCCUACUACGACUGGAACCCGAUGCUGUACAUUGACAACUUUGCCACGCCGCACUUUGUCAUUCACAACGACAAGGACUACCGCCUACCCGUCGCCGAGGGCAUCCUGCUCUUCAACGUGCUGCAGACCAAGGGCGUACCCAGCAAGUUCCUGAACUUUCCCGACGAGAACCACUUGGUGCUGAACCGCGAGAACAGCCUCGUGUGGCACACGGAGAUCUUCAAGUGGAUCAAUUACUACAGCGGCAUCAGCAAUGCCACGAGCCCUUACUAA